UGCAACCACUGACCUACUAACACAUAUUCUGCUGAGGAGAGAGGGGGAAUGUGGAGCAGGUCCCCAGCACAACACACACCCGCCAUGCCAGAGGAGAAACAGCAUCCAGCCGACAACAUCCACACGCACUGACCGGCCCGCGAACGGAGGGGAGAAACUUCGCUUCUUCGGAGAGAGACCAAAAAAAACAAAGAAAGAAAGAAAGGAAGGGGAGGUUGACGGGAGCGCAAAGGACGCAAACUUAAAGCCGCGGAACGAGACAAGCUUUUGUGUCGGGCAGCCCGACUGUGUUGCAGACACGUCACUUUGGGAAGUUUAUGGUGAACAAGCAGCAGUGCAGAAACUGGGUCCUCGGGGAUCAUUGAGCCGUGGAAAAACCCUGAAGUAGACAGACUGACCUACAUCCUGUGUAAGACGCCCCAGGGAAGCAGGGCACCAGAGCCUGACAGGCAUCAAAGCCCUGGUGAAGAUUAACAGCAUCGUAGACAAACUCACAAUUACAUUGUGUGAGACUUCGGAGAAUACUUUGAACUGUUUGCUCAGAGAACAACCAGAGGAUUUUGUUUAAAAAAAAAACUUGCUUCUUUCUUCCUUUGUUCAGAACUCUACUUCAAUGUGUGAGGUCUUUGUGGCAUUCCAUCUCUUUUUGAUAUUCUUGGCAAAUUUGGACACUUGAACACUUGGAAUUUUAAAGAAGAGGAAGUAAUUGCAUUACAUUUUCAAAGACAAAAUCAAUGACGCUGUCACUCAGUGGAGCUCAACAACCUUGUCAACAGUUUUUUGCAGAUCCUGCAACUUAGGUCAAGCCCUUUACAAACAAAUUAAUUAGCUUUUACAGUUACUCAUCUUCUCCCUGUCCCCACCCCUUCACCCUAACUGCUAGAGGUACACUCUUACCCCAACAAUGGAAAACCUGGGUCUGCACCACCCAUCCACCAGCAACAACACCACUGUGGAGGAUGACACUUUUUCCACUUUCAAUGAAAGUCACCAGUCUCCUCAGCCCGAUGGUGGGCCACGCAUUAGCCGCCAGGCCAAAAGUAGCAAGCCUAACUUGACCUCCCGGCGUAAGCGGGAGUUCAUUUCUGAUGAGAAAAAAGAUGCUUCCUACUGGGAGAAACGGAGGAAGAACAAUGAAGCGGCCAAACGCUCGAGGGAGAAGCGCCGUCUCAAUGACAUGGUGCUGGAAAACCGGGUCAUGGCGCUGACCGAGGAGAAUGUUCGUCUCAAGACAGAGCUGCUUCAGCUCAAGCUGCGCUUUGGUCUGAUCAGUACAGCCUCCUACAUGGAGAAAAGCCAGCAAAUCUCCAACAGUGCUGCUGGUAACAACACUUGUGGUAGCGAGAGCAGCACCAAUAGCACGCCCAACACUAACCCCUACCUCUCAAGCAGUGGGUACUCCAGCGCAUCCCAAGUGAUGCUGAACUCUGACUCCUCUGAAACCGAGCAGUCGAGCCGUGGUGAUCGCCACACCCCACUCUCUAAGUACUCUCCCCAUGGCUCCCUGUCUGAUAUGUCGGAUGGCUCCUCCAGAGACAGCCCUGAACCGAUGGACUACAACAUCAAGAGAGAGUCCUCCAGCAGGGAAAUGGGCAGACUGGACAAAAACGAUAUCCCCAAUGGGUUGGCCAAUGGAGUCUACCCAGGCAGUCACACUGCUCUGAUGGCUAGUCACCAGCAAAAUGUCCAGGAGGCUGAACAUGCCAUGGACUACCAGCAUCAGCAACUGCAACAACAGCAGCAGCACCACCAUCUUGAGACAUCCAGCCUGGCUCCCCAGGCCACGUCUGCACAGAGGAGCGUGAUCCUUUACCGUUCUAGCAGUGGUUCUUACCCCAUUGAGAGCCAGAGGCCAGAGGACCAACAACAGCCUCAGGCCCAGCAGAGCAGGCUACCCCAGCAGAGGCAGCUCACCUCAGCCUCCCAAACCUCAGAGUGCUUCCAGACUAUCACAGAAGUAGCUGAACGACUGGGAAGGUCAAAGACCACAGACUCACCUCAGUAUGAGUACAUGAAUGGCCAUGCUGAGUCACUGGAGGAGCAGCAGCAGGUCUACAACUCCCAUCCCCAACAGCAGCACCAGGGCAGCCAGGGACACUAUAGCUACCAGAGCCAAGAAAAUUGUCAUCAGCACACAGAGGGUCACCAUAACCCGUUUGCCCCUGAUUUGCUCCACAACAGUGAAGAGAGCGAAUCUACCUUCCAGCAGCACAAUGGCUACCUCAACACACUGGACGAAGACCCCCCAGUACUCACAUAUGAGGGCGGCCCCAGAGCUGACGGUUUCUACCAGGAGAACCUCUCUGGCAAAGACACUUCAUCUAGUGAUGGGGAUCCUCGCAGCUCUGACAAGGAGGGCUCCACAGAUGAUGAGUCCCCCUCCUCCUCCUCUUCUGACAUCAGUAGCUAUCGCCAGAAGCCUGCAGGGGCACUGGGUCAGAGCUCGGAUUGCCACACCGAGGUCAAAGGCACAGCCCUGCCCCAUAAGCUCCGUCUCAAGUACAGAGGUCUUUCCAGUGGGGCAGUGGGCUCUCAGUUUGAGGUAACGAUGAGCUCCCCCACGUCGGUAUCCCCCUCGCCCACCCUGCCCCAGCACCCCUACCUGGCUCUGCCUAGCACCCAACAGAAUGGCCAAGAAAAUGGUGAAAACAAAGAAGUUGAGAAUGAGACUGAAUACACUGAGCAGGAGGCGCCACUGGUGAACAGGAGGGAUGAGAUGAAAAAGGGAACCAGCAAUGGGAAGAAUGCUCGUUGCAAGAGGCGAGAUUAAAGAUGAGCUAAAGCUCUAAAUAUGGACAAGUCAAAGAGAACACAUUUACCCCCAUCAAGCCUCUUGGGGCAUUGCUCCCGGGUGUCUGUCCACGUCUGUGGUGGCCUCCCUCCCAGAUGGUUUUUAACAGGAUAGGUAUCUGUCAACUCAUGUUUCCAACCUCACAGGUCAGACAAGAUGUCAGUGAUCUGGGCAAGAGUAUAGCCAGGAUGGGCUUUUAGACUUUGUUUUACCAUGUCAUCUGUUUUCCUGGAUGAAAUUUCGUUCCCCUCCUCCCCUGCCUCGUCUCAUCCUACCAUUCAUCUGUUCUCACAGACAAACAAUACAACAGCACUUAAAUCAGCAAGGUGAAAUACAGAACAAGUGAAAGACUUGACGAAAGAAAGCUCUCUGAAGUUUGAAUUAAGGAUGUUUCCCAUGAUCUAAUAGCAAAUUGUUCACCACACUGCCUUUAGUUAGUGCUCAUCAUAUACAAUUUUUGCAUGGCAGUAUGGAAAUAUUCCCUCAACCAAAGAAAAUGCACCCUUCCUCUACCUCUCCAUUUUGAUCAGUUUCAUUCUCCAUCAUCCCUCAGUUUUGUUCUACCCCCUCCACCGGCACAGAAAACCCCCACUACUCUCAAGCACUUGGAUUGUAUAUUACUGUGAUAUAUAAAUUUGCAUAUAUUGAAUAUAUAUUUUAAGAAAAAAAAUACAAAAAGUGGCAAAAACAACAACUGAAAAGCACUGGGAUGGCAACAUUGUAGACUUAAGAAAAGUGAUCGGUUUGUUCUUGUUGAGCGUUCGUGUACAGUCCCUUAUUGUCUAGGAAAUGCCUCAAAGAUUUUCUUUCAACUUGAUGUUUGAGCCACAACUGGUAAAAAUAAUAAUAAUAAUUAAAAAAAAUGUAUAAAACCAUUUGUAGAUUCAUGACUGAAUUUUGAAGUCUGUCUCAUGAUCAACUCCUGACCCGGCAGACACACAGGGCCUCCCAGUCAGGGCCAGUAUUUGGCAUAUCAGCUGUUUUAAGUCUGUCACACACGGUUUGUUGGCAAAACCUGACAAGCACAAGGACGUAGGCAUUCCUCACUUACCGACAAGUCGAAUAAGUGAAAAAAAUCUUUCUUUUUUAGACAAUUCAAAGGUUUUCUGAAAUAAAGGAAAUAAUUUUUUCAGUUGCAACAGGAAAAGCUGCUCUUCUCCCUCUUUUUAAGGUGCCUCUUUAUUACGGUGUCUGUUGUCUCCAUCUAGGCCAGCGGCUCUGAUCUUUUUCCACUGCUGGACUUGUAUUAGUUUCAGUACAUGCAGUAGACCAUGCAGUCUCUGGACCGGUUACUUUGUUAGAUGUUCCACUUUUUUGGGUGCCUGCCUUUGGCCACUGUGUAUAAAUGUAAAGUUCUCUAUCUGUAUUUCCUGUGUUUUAUUUUAUUAUUAAUUAUUAUUAUUAUGUUACUAUUGUUAAUAUUUUAUAUUUUAUUCCGUUACUAUUUUGGUUAUUAUUAUUAUUACGUGUGUUUUCUGUCUCCCUUGUUGAUUCAUCUGCCUUGUGCUCUUCCUGGUCGUGCUGUGUAUUUACCUAUGCUUACCUUUACCCCAGAUACCAUUUGUACUCUGUAAUACUGUAUAACAUUUGUUGUUUGCUGAAUGGCUUUAUGAAAAUGGAGAAAACUGAAAAAGGCUUGUCCAGAAGUGAUUAUGUAUUGCUAUACUUCACAUGUGGAUAUGCAAAAUUGUUACAAAUCAUUUUUGAUUGUGAAAGAUUCAAAAGAGGAAAAAGAAACACAAUAAAAGGGUGUUCAUUUUACUAGCUUUUUGACCUUUUGUCCUC